AUGUUACAUCAAAAUUGGGUGCUGAAAACAGUAUUUGUUUUCUUAAUCUGUAAACUUAGGAACCUGCAGGUGUUAAAUCUUCAGGAUAACCUUAUACAAGGUGGACUUGAUCCAUGCCUUGGUGGACUGACUUCCUUGGUUUCUUUAGAUCUUUCUUUCAAUCAUUUUGAGGGGACUGUUUCUUCUUCCAUAUUCAGCAACCUGACUUUGCUCGAGACCCUUCGUCUUUCAGAUAAUAGGUUUGAUGGACUUCUCUUGUUUGCAUCAUUUGCUAACCUCUCCAACCUUGAAGCCAUUGAUCUUACAAAUAAUGAGUUUGAAGUUGUUACUGAAACUCCAUCUUGGGUUCCAGCUUUUCAACUUGUGUCCCUCGACCUACGAAAUACUAGACUAAACCAGAACUAUGGCCAUGUAAUUCCUACGUUCAUCUCCAAACAACACAAGUUGAAGUCCCUGUCUUUGUCCUAUAAUGCCCUUCAAGGAAACGUUCCGUCUUGGUUAUUGUAUAAUAAUUCACUUCUUAUGUUGUCUUUGAGAGGCAACCGUUUGCAUGGUGGAAUUCCCGCGUCUUCUCAGUUUCUAGCAUCAAGUAUUCUGAUGCUCGAUGUAUCAGAUAAUUGCUUGGGCAGUACACUUCCCACUAACGUGCUGAGAUUAUUUCCAGACUUAUUCUAUCUUAACCUGUCAAAUAACGCCAUCGAAGGCACCCUCCCUACUUUUGACAAUCUGCUAAAGUUAGAGGUCCUAGACCUUUCUGACAACUUCCUUCUGGGAAAACUUCCUCCCAACUUUAAGGCAGAAUAACAC